AUGCGGACAGGAAACGCGCGUAAUUCCGAGGGUGCUGCAGUUCCGUUACCAGUGGCUGAAAUCUGACAAGGAAUCGUUGAGAUUGGAGCAGGCAGGAGUCAGCAAAUCCGUUUUGGAUUCAGCCAACGCCGCUUACAUUUUGGAGAUCAUCGCCAAACACGGUGAGCCUGCGCCUAGGCUAUGCAACAAGGAUCCUCUUCUUAUAAAAAUGGGUACUUAUAUUGUUGACCUGUUUCCAAAUGCUAAAUUCAUCUUCAUGACGCGCGACGGUCGUGCCACGGUGCACUCGAUCAUCUCCAGGCAGGUGACUAUCACCGGCUUCGAUCUGUCCAGCUACAGGCAGUGCCUGAAGAAGUGGAACAGGGCUGCUGAAGCUAUGAAUCUGCAGUGCAGAGAGCUGGGAUCGAGCAAGUGUCUUCGAGUUCCCUAUGAGCAACUCGUCCUCCAUCCUAGAGAGUGGAUGGAGAAGGUGCUCAAAUUCGUGGACGUACCAUGGAACGAGUCAGUGCUUCAUCAUCAGGACUUUAUCAACAAGGGUAUCAGCCUUAGCAAGUAA